CUCAGGGAACCGCUAAUUUAUAAUUUCUCUCUAGUUUGGUAUUUACCUGAGAAUAAUGUAUUACGAAAGCGUUUGCCAGACAUAUUGAUCGUUAUGGUGUUGAGACUUGAGUAAAUGCAAAAAUAAAAGCUUUGAUCACCUUCUAAUUGGGUGACCAUAUUAAAACAAGUAAACAACAGCUGUGUUUGUCUUCACUACUUAGUGACUUUGAAGUGGAAUACGUGGUACCGCUGAUGUUGUAAUGUUGCUCGCCGAUGUCUUAGUUUGUUUCCUCUCAUUAUUUAUUAGUGUUCCUGCUAACGACACAAAAUCUUGUGCUGUUUCAGGGUUCACUUCAUUACUCAAAUGCUCCUCAUGUUCAGAGUUGAAGAAGUUCAAAUUAGAAAAGAUUGAAACAUCUUGUUUUCAGUGUUGUGAAGAUGAAAAUGUAUCUGGAGCUUCUAAGAAAUAUGCUUUUGCAGAACUAGUAACUUGCUCGUGAUCUUUAGAACGCUAUCCUCAAGUGCUUGUAUUUAGUAAUGUUAAAUUUCGCUAAUUUCCCGCCAUGGAGUAUGUAGUAGUUAUUAGCUAGUCGAACUUUUCGAUAGUCACAAGUCUGUCUAUGUCUGAAUUACUAUCGUUAGCAUAUAAAUAUUUUGUAAAAGUAAGCCCAUACUGUACUGUGUCUAUUUUAACCGGAUAUCACAAACUCAUCAGAAAUAGGUUAUGGUGGUGAUGAGAUUUCAUACAGUGAGAAGAGUAUUAAGGUUCUGAUCAUGUAGAAAUAUUGGGGUAUCUGGUAGCCGUAACCGUCUUUGAUACCGCGUUUCGUAGAGGCAAACUACACAAGAUAAAUAUCUAUGUGGUUUUCACGUCUUUUGGGAAAUGUCUUUUUGGUAUGGACAUUCUAUCGCACUUAAAAUAUGAGCAUUUUGUGUAUACAGCGUGUCUUAAUCGCCCAAAUAGCCCAAAGGCUUGUCCCAAAUCAUAAUUUGGUAGGAUGUAGGGUUCUUUUACUAUAUUUCGUUUCUGAAGCUGUUUAUUUGUCGAUCUCGCAUUAUUUCUCCCAUUUGUAAAUACUAUUUUAACCUGGACAGAUCUACGUGUUCAGUUCACUUUGGUCGUGAAUCUCUUCAUUGUGUAAGAUGUGCUGUGUUCUGCGUACCAAGUUUAAAACAAUGAAAAAAGAGCGAUACCGUAAAACUUGAACCUACUACUGCAGACGUUCUUUUUAGAUAACCAAGUCAGUUUAGUAAAACUAAAUGCUUAUUGGCUUGUUUAGGGGAAUCUAAUCAUCUUUGCAAUUAUAACCAUUUAGUGUUCCUUUUAGCUAUAUCUAACUCUAAAGUAAGUAGAGGUAAAUCAUCCUAACAUCUAAACCACCAGUAAAUAUAUCAUUUGUUUUUGGAAAUUUAUUUUUUAGCAUUCAUUGACAGCAAGGAUCGGAAGAGUAUGACUAAUCUAAAAGUGGUAUACGAAAGAGGUCAUAGACCUACAAUUCGCAUGCUUAACGAGAAACGACAAGUGCAAGAAGAGAUUCCUAUCGACACUUGGGAUAGCGACACAAUAAUAGAGUUUGUUAAUGAACGCAUCACCAAUCAAUAAAGUUGUCAACAGCUUUUCAUGCGCACUCGUGACUUGUAUGAUGAUACAUGAACUAAAUCUCUUAUAGGAGAUGUUCUGUAUUUGAUGUUUAGUCCAGAGUGCUAUUGAUUAGUAUGUGUUUGUUUAUACUGUUUCUUCACUUUCUUUUAAACCCUUUCUAUUGUUUGUUUUCAAACUUGGUUCAGUAGAUCAUUUUUGUGUCAUGCGCCUGUAUAAAGUAUUAUUCCCAAGAUUGCAACGUAUUUCGUAAUCUGUUGUGUUUCCUCGACUUGUUCUAAUAAACAUAAAUAUCUGUAUACUUCUUAAUGAUUUCGGAUAUAUUAGUACUACUAUAUCCACUAAAACUCAGUAAAGUUAUUAUUGGGUUUAUUGUUGUCUCGAUUUCUAGUUACCCUUCACGCGCUUGAAUUUCGUAAGCUGCCACUGCUGUUUUACAAAAUCGCACCAUAAAUGAGUAUAGUAAGAUCGUUGUUGGACUGACUAAUUGUAUGGUACGGGGUUGGUUUAGCUAACGUAACUCGUCAUCGAACAACGAGUUCACAGCUCUUGUUCUUAUCAUCCUCGAACUAAUUUGGCUGAUGUGGUAGAAUAUAAUGAUUAGAAGUAUUCGAAUUGAAGUGCUAACUAGGAAUUCCAGAAGUAGCGUAAUUCAAGCCAGAUGGAACUAGAUCAGAACGAACGAACGUAUUGUAUUUGGAAUUCUUAAUAAGCGGGGAAUCAAGUACAAAAGAGCCAUUAGUUCGUACAAAUACCACAUAGAACCUAAAUGAAUGAAUAUUCCAGCCAAUAUACUUCUAAUGAGUGGUCAUGAUAUGCAAGCCCGUCCAUCAUUUCAAGGCAUCAGGCACUACCGGGUACCAUUUCUAUGUCCCUGGUAUAUUUCUUUUAUUGGAAGUUCGCUUUUUGGUCAGUAUUUUACUAAUAAUUAAGAGAUCGCCGUAGAAUAAGUGUGAUGGAUAGCAGGGAUGAUACUAACAACAAUUAUGAUCUGGGGUAGGUGUAAUUCGGAUUUUGGUGCAUGAGCACACUACAUAAUUCUUAAAACACAAAUGAUAUGCGAUAAGUUAAACAUUUAAUCAAGAGUAUCCGUCUUUUAGACCCUUUAACUGAAGCCAGGGAAUAUGUUGGUGGAAGUAAUGUUCUGAGUGUGUCUAUUUAUUAAGUGCGAUUAAAUAUGAGUCUAGUCAUGAACUGUAAAUAUAUGCAGAAUUAAUUAAAGAGGCUGCAAAACAUAUGAAUAGUUUUCGCAUUAAGGGUAAACCAUUGUACUUUAUAAGAAAACUAGCAAUAUGUAACUAAAUCUGUGAAUCAAAUAAUUAUUGUGUAUGCUAUAACUAAUCGUUCCACCAAGUGCCCUGGUACGGCCGAGAGUGGGAGAGUCCGUUCUCCCCCUCGAAA